AUGAAAACUGACCAGAAGAAUUCUUCUCCUCGUCGAAAAUUAGCAUUAAUCAUUGGCAACGACAACUACAAUGUCCUACACAAUAAAUUGAAUCAUUCCAUCAACAAUGCAAGAGACCUGAGUGAUGUGCUAAAGAAAAUCGAUUUUGAUGUUACUAUGCAUAUUGAUGUUGAUUUAGAAAUGAUGGUCACAAUUAAAAGUUUCUCUAAAACAAUCAACGAUGGCGAUAUAAUUCUUUUCUACUUUUCUGGCCAUGGAUAUGAAGUUAGUGGCAAAAACUAUUUGAUACCUGUUGAUGAUACUAGAAUAAAAACUGAUAUCGAUGUAGAGGAUAUUGGUAUCAGUGUGCAAAGUAUAGUGGAGCGAUUAAUAGAGAGAAAUUCUUCAUAUGUAACUAUAUUCAUUUUUGAUUGUUGUCCACCAUAUUGGCUAAAACCUCCUAGAACAUCAAAUUCUACGGUUCAUGGCAAAGGCUUGAAUAAAAUUCAACCACCUUCUGGAACUUUCAUACAAUUCGCCUGUGCUGCUAAUCAAACAGUCGAUGAUUCUGGAGGAAAACAACGUAAUUGCUUGUUUAGCAAGCAUUUAAUAAGAAAUAUUGCUCGAGAAAAUAUCAAUGUUACUGAUGUUUUUCGAGACAUAGCAAAAAAUGUGUGUUCGGAAAGCAAUGGUGUACAGAAACCAUUGUCUAUGAACGGAUUAGAUCAGCAUGAUGGAGUCUUUCUCAAUGCCGUGUCAAGUAUUAUACCGAAUAUCCCUUAUGGUACAGUAUGGAAAUCUAAAGCUCAAACUAUUGCUGGUAUUCGUGGCCCAGGUUCUGCAUUGGCAGCACUUAAUUUUCCCAAAGGCAUUUUCGUGAAUAAGAAUCAAGCUGUUUUCAUUGCUGAUAGUUCAAAUAAUCGAAUUAUGAAGUAUAAUCGUGGUGUGAUUGCGGGUAAAAUAAUUGCAGGUAAAAACAUAUCUGGAUACGGUUCUGAUCGAAUGUGGGAACCUUCAAAUGUAAUUUAUGACGAACAGUCAAAAAGUUAUAUUAUUUGUGACUAUCAAAAUCGGCGAGUGUUGCGUUGGGCUAGUAGAAGUAGCACAUUUGCAGAGGAGCUCAUUACGAACAAAGAAUGUUUUGGACUAGCUAUGGAUGAUGAAGGAUCCCUCUACGUGUCGGAUACUGAGCUACAUGAAGUUAGACGAUAUCGGCCAGGUGAACGCUACGGAACAGUAGUAGCAGGUGGAAAUGGACAAGGCAGUCGUCUCAAGCAGCUCAAUCAUCCGACAUAUAUUUUUGUCGGACCAGAUCAAGUGGUGUAUGUGUCAGACACUUGGAAUAAUCGUGUAGUAAAAUGGGAGCAAGGAGCGAAAGAAGGUAUUAUCGUGGCCGGUGGUCAUCAUAAAGGAAAAGAUGAAACACAGUUGUUUCAUCCUGCAGGAUUGAUAGUUGAUCGAUUGAACACGAUCUAUGUUGCCGACUAUUACAAUCAUCGAGUGAUGCGGUGGUAUAAGGAUGCUUCUCAUGGAAAUAUUAUUGCAGGUAACAGAUACCUUCCAGGAAAUAAUGCAAAUAAAUUAAAUGGUCCGGAAGGUUUGGCAUUCGAUAAACAUGGCAAUCUCUAUGUAGCUGAUUCGAAUAAUCAUCGAGUUCAACGAUUUAGUAUCCGAAUUGUUUGA